UUAGGCUUCGAUGUAGAUGUAUUUUUAUCCGAUGAGCGCUGGCGGAGCAGACGAAGGAGGCUCAGAGGAGAGCCAAGAAACUUGCAGCGCAAUGGAGUUUGUCAUGCGCGACCGGGAAGGCAAAAGCGCAGCGUCCAUCCUGCUAUUUGGCGACGUGGCCAACUGCGGCGAGCUCAGACAGCUUGUAUUGAGUGGCAGCCUGCAAGUCUGUCUCAUCAGGGCAUCCCUUGUGGCAGACAUUUUCCAAGUGCAGUGCGCAGUCGCAAAGGCACUGGCAAAUCAAUCCAGCGGGCGCAUGAAAACGAGAAGCUUGCUCUCCGAGAUGCUCUACGUUUUGGGACCCACUGGCAGCAUCGGCGACUCGCUACGCCAGAUGGGUGCGCAGGAUGCCGACUCGGCGAUUGUGGUGGUGCGCCUUGAUGACCCGGGAGACUGCCACCUCAAAACACUCACGGAACGCAUCAAGGGCCGCCAACUGCCCUUGGACAGCAUUCCACAAUUCACAGACACUCAGGCACUCGCAAAACUGUUCAAGGUGACCGAGAAGGAACUCACCGUGGGCACCUUACUGGAUGCCGUAGUGACACGAAUAGCUCUAAAGGACACAGUGUAGGUGUUGGGUUUAAUAAAGUAUGGU